GGACGCUAAUUUGAAUAUGAGCCACAUUCUGAUCAAGUGUAUGUUUCGGGCUGUGUGAGGGUGGAUUCUGAGGUGGGGGGUAUAGUGGUAGCGGUGGGGUUGAUCCGCUGCUCCUUGGAACGAGACGCUGCUGUGUUUGUGACGUCACUGACCGACAGGUGUGGCACGAGGAAACAGUCACUCAGGGACCGUCCGUCUGAAGAAGGGAGCUCCGCGGGUCGCCUGAAAGCAUAAAGGGACUAUGAUUUAAAAAAAAAAAAAAAUUGUACGGUACUGUGUUUAACUCUAGCACAGCACACCUAUUAAGCUAUUUCAUUCAGGACUGAGUCGUUUGAUUUAGUUUAGAGAAGUCGACCUUUUUUUUUUCGGUUUGGGACCCGCUUGGAGCCAUCUGCACUUCCUGUUUAAGGGCUGGAGCAGUGAUGGAGGACAUUGACGUGGAGGAGCAGAAGGAGCCAUUUCCUGUGGACAGGGAUGGGAGGCGGGUGAGGCGUGAAGAGGAGCAACCGGAUGGCGCCAGGAAGAUGGGGUUCCAUGAGAAGUUCCAUCAUCAUGUCUCCAGAUGGAUGCUCCCAGAAGACAUGCGCGACAAGUACAUGGAACGUGCCAACUGCUGUCCGCCCCCCAUCUUCAUCAUCCUCAUCAGUAUUGCAGAGGUGGCAGUAUUUAUCUACUACGCUGUGUGGAAGCCGCAGAAGCAGUGGGUGACCCUGGAUGAAGGCAUUUGGAAGAGCCCUUUAACCUACCAUCCUGACUGCAGGCAGGAAGCAUGGCGCUUUAUCUCCUACAUGUUUGUCCACGCUGGUGUGGAGCACAUUUUGGGCAACCUGUUGAUGCAGCUGCUACUGGGCAUCCCGCUGGAGCUUGUGCACAAAGGGUUUGAAGUGGGGAUGGUUUAUAUUGGUGGUGUCCUUGCAGGGUCUUUGGCCAGUUCCAUCUUUGAUCCUUUCAGCGCCUUGGUGGGGGCUUCUGGGGGUGUUUACGCCCUAAUUGGAGGCUACUUCAUGAAUGCCGUGGUGAAUUUCCGAGAGAUGCUUCCUCUCCUUGGAGUGUUUCGUAUCCUCGUCAUUGUAAUCAUUGUCGGUGUAGAUUUUGGAUUUGCCUUCUACAGAAGAUUUCUCGGUGAUGAGGCUGGUUUAAAGGUGUCCUUUGUUGCUCAUUUUGGAGGAAUUGUGGCUGGGAUGACCAUCGGCUACAUCUUCUUCAGUGCUUACAAUCAGAAGCUACUCCAUGACCCACGUUUCUGGCUUUGUAUAGUGGCCUAUAUAGUCUUCCUUCUCUUUGCUGUGUUCUUCAACAUCUUCCUUUCUCCAGCUCCUGUUUAAAAAUGUUUUUACCGAUGUGUUACAGAGAAAAGUUACUUUUCAGGGACCUCAAAAAGGAUUUGUUCAUUUUUUUAAAAAAUUGGAGCUAUCUUUAGGGCUGAAUUAUGAGCUUAUAUGAAAUGGCUCCUCCUGCUGUUUAUGUGUAGUGUUGCUUUUAGACAAUGUAGAUGAAAAUGUGCCUUUUACACCAGAUUAAUUUUGAACAUAGUGGGUCAGUUAUAUUUGAUUUAAUUCAGAUAUGGUCUGUGCGGUUUUCUUGUGUGUUUUGUUUUGUCUUUUUGUACUUUCCACUGUGCGAUUUUUUUACUUGGAUCAUCAAGGCCUCCCAUUGACUUAUAGUAUUCUUAAAAAGUGCCUUAUACAGAUAAACACUACACACUAGAAGAAGAAAUAACAUUUCACAUCAAAUUUUAUGAAACAGUUUUUAUAUGAUAGCACUACCGUACUGUAAUGACAGGAAGAACAGGGUUGAGUGUCCUAAAUGUCUUUACAUUUGUCAGCUAUGGAGCUGCUUUAUCACCAGGUCUGUUUUAUUUUUACAGAUAUCAUUUUUUUUUAAAUAAAAUCUUAUUUUAUUUAAAAACCAUGUACAUUAUCUAAGAUGAAAGAUGAAACAGAGACCUCCUACAGUUGUGUUUUCAUUAAUAAAGUCUAAAAUUUUUAAUUGUCAGUUUUGUCAUAUUAAACCUGAAACUUCUGAAGGUUUAUUUUAUGUCCUGCUUAAAGUGGAAGCAGCUGAUUUUCACAAGCAGGUCCACUGCCGGUGUGCCAGUUUUAUUUGGUAAGCCUAUCAAAUGAUGAUAUGUUUACAUAUUCUACUCUUUUUUUAAUUUUUUUGUCCAGAUGUCUACAAAUGUGUUAUUUCCCACUAAUAGCAGCAGAAUCAGGGCCAGAUUUGGCCUCCUAUGUUCAGGUGGGCAGCUGAAAAGUCUGGGUGGGCAAUUUGACCCUGCAGGUUUGAAUCCAUGUUUAGAUGCAUCAUAUAUUAAAAACACUUGUUUGCUUUCAGUACAUAUGUAGCAGUCUAUGAUUGCUUCUUUUGGCAGAUGAUUGGCAGUCGCUGCAGGAAUCAACAUUUGCAUCAUCUAGAAGAGUAACACAGUUAACAUACACAGAGAAGCAGAUUCUGUCCAAAACCUUAGAACAAUAAUUGCUCGCCCUUUUUUAAAAAAUGGCCGUCAGCAUACUGAUUACAAAUACUGUUAUACUGUAAUUAAUGCUGUUAGAGCUGCAGGAAAAGCAAGAUGAAAAUAAUCAGUGGAUGAGGUUAAUAUUUACUAAAGCAGAAUAUAAUAUCUAGAUGUUUCACCCUCUAGUCUCAAGUUUGUUCGUAAAUUUAAGGUGCUGUUAAAUUAAAAAUUAAAAAUACUGCUGUCAUUCAGGUGUUUUAAUCCCACAUGCCAUAUACUCAAAAGCAUGAAGAAUGUUAUAAUUACACAAUUUUUCCCAUAUGUGUUUUUAUGUCAUUUUUAAACCUUAGCUUUGCUACCAGUAGACAUAUAGUGAUUUAUCUCAUGCUGAAAUGCAUCCAGAAAACAAGCGUAAAACUUGAACCUGAGUUUUUAAGGUCGACUGAGGCUACAGAUGCACCCUUAAAAACAUGCUAGGAAUACACCAGCAGAGCACACCGGCUACUAAUACAGAGAGAGGGACACUAACAUACAAUUAGCCUACACCUUUUAAACAGAGAAUGCUGAAAAUAACUGCAACAUUUUGCCAAAUUUUUUCCAAACCUUAAAAAAAGUUUUUCAAGUCGCUUUUUUUAAAAUCACAUUUACAGCAAUAUUUACAAAAUGUUUGGAUCUAAAUCUAAAUGUUAAACAUGAAAUAUAAAGGUCAAUAAUAAAUGUUAAAUAUAAAAGGCAGUUUUAUGGCAAAGUUGAAAUGCGACACAGGUCGUUUUUUGCUUCUUUUUUUUUUGUAAAAAUGGGGAAAAAAAAGUUUCAACUUCAGUUCUUGGUUUUUCUUCUUCCCCACAAAGCAAAUUUACCUGUCGAUACUUUCUUUUUAUUGGUAGGUGAGCCUUCAGCACCUCCUUUAAUUGGUCCUAUGACUGAUGUUUGCACUGUACACUUUAAAGCUUCUACUGCUUUGCCUGCAAACCUUUCAGUGUGUAAAUUGAAAUAGCAGAACAAAGACAUACAGGGUAACAGUGAAUACAUAUCACACUUUUAAUUGUGUAAUAACUUAUUUGACUGCUUGUACAAUUGAAGGUGCCAAA